AUGAGCAGGGUGGUGAGGCCGCCGAGUGAGGCAGAGGUGCCGACCUGGGAAACCGAGGACGAUGACAUGGCAGAAGGCGACUUAGGGUAUGGCCUCGGGAGAAGGCCCAGCAGUAUUUAUGAAGUGCAAGUUUCACAUCUGUCUACAUCUAGAAAAAGAUCGGAUGGAAAGAACUUUAGCCCUCCCCCCUUUCCAGGAACGAGGGAAGAAAGAAGUGGUGCCAUUUUUCAGUAUUCCAGGCAUAAGAGCUCCCAAGAUACACACCCUGAAGAGUCCAGCACUUCCCACCACAGACGACAAAGUAGCACUGAUUCUAAUUCAGAAUUGUCAAAUGUCGAAUUAAAGCAACGUCUUCAUGAUACUUUAGAGGAGGUAGAAAUUUUAAAAACUGAACUUGAGGCGUCUCAGAGACAACUUGAGGGUAAAGAAGAAGCACUGAAAAUUCUUCAAAGCAUGGCAAUAUUUGGCAAAGCCACAAGUCAUACUCAAGUGAUGCUUCAAAAAACUAUGGAACAAAAGAGAUCCUUGGAGAAGGAAAUAAAUGCCUUGCAAUGGGAAAUAGAAUUUGAUCAGAAUAGAUUUAAAAAUAUAGAAGAAUCAUGGACCCAAAAAUAUGACAGGCUAAACUGUGAAAAUGCAGUCCUCAAGGAAACUCUGAAUGUGAAAACAGAAGAAAUUAAAAUGCUGAAGUCGGAAAAUGCACUUUUAAAUCGACAGUAUUUGGAGGCCCUCGCCAUGCUGGAGAUCAAACAGCAGAUGGCAGCUCAGGAACACAAGUGCCGUGAUAAAUGUGGUUUUACAGAGGUUUCAGGUCUUGAGCUUGCUGUCCUUGGAGCCUGCCUUUGCCAUGGUCCCGGAGGGAGUCCCUGUGCUUGUGCCAAAAUGGCGGCAUCGGCUCGGAAAAUGCUUCUUAAGCUCAAACAGGAGUUGGGACUUUUGCAGAAGAGUAAAGAAGAAGCUUACAUAAUGGCAGAUGCAUUCAGAAUUGCAUUUGAGCAACAAUUAAUGAGGAAAAAUGACCAGGCACUAAGAUUGACACAAAUGGAUAAAAUGUGUAAAAAAGCAACAAAAUGGAUAAAUUGGAAGCACCUUAAGGAGGAUGGAUUACCAUCACAAGGAAGUAAGAAGACCUUAGGGCAGAAACUGUUGGGUAUGCUCCCUUCAGAAAACAGUUCUAAGAAGACUGAAGACCAGGAUAAUCCUCAGGAAGUCUUUAAGAUGCUAACAGAGUUGUUGAAUGACAAAGAAGAAGCUUUGGCUCAUCAAAGAAAAGUUAGUUACAUGCUUGCUCGGGCAUUAGAAGAGAAAGACACCACCUCAAAUGACAAUAAGGAAAAGAAUCUUGUGAAAGACAAUUUUCCAUUAAAAAAUGCAUGGGGGAAAGUUUCAGAAUUCCCUGUACUGCAUGAUCCUGUGUUUUCAAGUGUUCACAUUUUAAGUUCUGCGGGCUGUCUUUGUUCAAUCCAGCACCCUCACAGAGAUCAGCACUACACAAGAACUCUCAAAAGAUCCUGUUCUUUGCCAUCAAAUAUCAUGUUUUGA